UAAUCCCUCUAUUAAUGAGGGGUCCUUGGUGCUUUCGGUGUUUGGGUUGUUUUCUUACAGAAGUUUAAUUGCCCAAACUAGGUAACACCAUCAGUGCUAGUGCUUUUCUGAUCAUCCCCGAGGACCUUCCCAGCCAAGAUUGAUAGCUGGAGGAGAAGAACCCGGUGCUGGUGUCACUUCCAAUUCCAAUCUCCAGCCAACCUGUGACUAUCAAAUGGGGAACAGAGUCCAUGUCGACCUCCAGCUCAGUCUGCCCCCUCCCGUUAUCCGGGCCAGGACCACCGACAAGCAGACAUCCAACCGAUGGAGCACCUCGGUCUAACAGGAAGGGGGAAGCGCCGCCUCGACCGUCCACCCAGCCUCCAAGUUUCCAUGGGAGUAAACGGGCAAGUCCCGCUUGAGUGCCCGUCUUUGAGCGCUUGUUUGCGCUUCCCGCCGAGAAGAGAAAGAAGAAGGCAGCUCCCUGGCCGUCCCUUUUUUCGAUCCGGGCAUGAAGCUACCUGCCCGGGGCAGCUCCGAGCGACAACGCAAGAUUGGGCAUGGACGCCUCGGGGCCCGUCGGCGGGCCGCUUCUUCUCCCGCCGUCGCCCGGAUUCCCGGCCUCCUCUCCCGCCUCUUCCCUCUCGCAGGACCAGGCUAAAGCGGCGUCGCCGGGCCGGCGCCGAUUCCGCCGAGCGGCCACCGCCGUCGCGCAUCUCUGCGGCCUGGUUUUGCGCGGGAAAAGAUAUAUUGACCAAAGUCCACUUGUGCAAUGGGCCACAUUUCAUCUGCAGAUGAAUAUCAGAGGUGAUCUUUUGUUCAGUAUCAGGGAUUAUUCUAAAGAAAAAGUUCAAAAUAAAGAUUUUGAAAGACUUAUACAUCUCUUACGUAUAUGUCCAAAUGAAAGAACACCAAAAGACAUUCUGCAGAUGCAAUUGUGCUUGAAGACAAACAGAGCUUUUCGCAGCUUCCCCAGCAAUGCACAACAGAAGCUUUGCCAAGCUUUCAUCUACCAAAAGUAUAUAGCUGGAACAGUCAUUAUGAAACAAGGACACAUGGCCACUGAAUGUUACUUAUUGUUGUCUGGCAAGCUGAAAUUUAUGAUAACUAAUGAAAAAUUUGAAAAUGGGAUUUUGGCCUCCGAAGCAUUAUAUGAACUGGAAGAAGAAGAUUUCAUAGGGGAAACCUGUCUAUUGACUAAUACGAGACGUCCUGCUUCAGUUAUUUGUAAAUCUGAUACCGAACUUCUUGUGAUUGACACAAAGGUUUUUGAAUGUGCUCUUGCCAGCAUAAGGUAUGAACAACACCAUGCAACUUGCUGCUUUUUAAG